UUCUUUACUCAUUUGUGCUUUAUUUACGGGGUCACAUUGUUUCUCAAAAGGCAGCCAAGGAACACAGGCUCAGAAUCAUACCUACAGACUCUCUAAGGCAGACCCUAGGAAUCUGCAUUUUUACAAGCUCCUGAGAAAUCUGUCCUGCACACGAACAUUUCAAAGACUAGUGUUCCCUGGGUGACAGCAGCUCCGCCUCAAAAACAGCCUUGGCCAGAUUCCUAGGUUUAAGAUCCCCGCAGCCUCAUGGGAAAUGUAGUUUCUGCUCUCCUUCCCGCCUCAGGCCUCUUGGAAAACUCGCCGGAAGAAGCCGAGCCAAUGCGGAAACAGCCGAGUGUUCCGAGGCGGGCCUUUUCCUGCUCGGUUGCAUGCUGGGAAAGGGCAGUUUCCGUUAGCUGCAGAAGGCUGAGGCGCGCCACCGGCCACCUCCCCACGUGAAGCAGUUGUGCGAGCAUCGCCACGCCGGGCAGCUGUCUACCCGCGUCCGAGCGCUCCGGAAGCGGCGGGGGACCGGAAGUGGCCCGCGGAGGCUGCAGAGCUAGUCCGGGAACCCGCUGUGAGGCGACUGGCAGCAGCGCUACGACGGCGCCAUGUCCCUGAUCUGCUCGAUCUCCAACGAAGUGCCAGAGCACCCAUGCGUGUCCCCUGUCUCUAAUCAUGUGUAUGAGCGGCGACUCAUUGAGAAGUACAUUGCAGAGAAUGGCACAGAUCCUAUCAACAACCAGCCUCUCUCAGAGGAGCAGCUCAUCGACAUCAAAGUUGCUCAUCCAAUCCGGCCCAAGCCUCCCUCUGCCACCAGCAUCCCAGCCAUUCUGAAAGCCUUGCAGGAUGAGUGGGGUUGGCCGAAUUCUCCGGCUCUCCCCCAGUCCUCACAGUGGCCUACCCUCUCCCAGGAUGCAGUCAUGCUGCACAGCUUCACUCUUCGCCAGCAGCUGCAGACAACCCGCCAGGAACUGUCCCACGCUCUGUACCAGCACGAUGCUGCCUGCCGAGUCAUUGCCCGGCUCACCAAGGAGGUCACUGCUGCUCGAGAAGCUCUGGCUACUCUGAAACCACAGGCUGGUCUUAUUGUACCUCAGGCUGUGCCAAGCUCACAGCCCAGUGUUGUGGGUGCAGGAGAGCCCAUGGAUUUGGGUGAGCUUGUGGGAAUGACCCCUGAGAUUAUCCAGAAGCUUCAAGACAAGGCCACUGUACUAACCACGGAGCGUAAGAAGAGAGGAAAAACUGUCCCUGAGGAGCUGGUGAAGCCUGAAGAGCUCAGCAAGUACCGGCAGGUGGCAUCCCAUGUGGGGCUACACAGUGCUAGCAUUCCUGGGAUUCUUGCUCUGGACCUGUGUCCCUCAGACACCAACAAGAUUCUUACUGGUGGGGCAGAUAAAAACGUUGUUGUCUUUGAUAAGAGUACUGAGCAAAUCCUGGCCACUCUCAAAGGCCAUACCAAGAAGGUCACCAGUGUGGUGUUUCAUCCUUCUCAGGAAUUGGUGUUUUCUGCGUCCCCUGAUGCUACUAUCAGGAUUUGGUCCGUCCCGAACACUUCUUGUGUACAGGUUGUUCGGGCCCAUGAGAGUGCGGUGACAGGACUCAGCCUCCAUGCCACUGGAGACUAUCUACUGAGCUCCUCUGAUGAUCAGUACUGGGCGUUCUCUGACAUUCAGACAGGGCGUGUGCUCACCAAGGUGACAGAUGAGACUUCCGGCUGCUCUCUUACCUGUGCACAGUUCCACCCUGAUGGCCUCAUCUUUGGAACAGGAACCAUGGACUCCCAGAUCAAGAUCUGGGACUUGAAGGAACGCACCAAUGUGGCGAACUUCCCUGGCCACUCCGGCCCCAUUACCAGCAUUGCCUUCUCUGAGAAUGGGUACUACCUGGCCACGGCAGCUGAUGACUCCUCAGUCAAGCUCUGGGACUUACGCAAGUUGAAGAACUUCAAGACAUUGCAGCUGGACAACAACUUUGAGGUGAAGUCACUAAUCUUUGACCAGAGUGGCACCUACCUGGCGCUUGGGGGUACAGAUGUCCAGAUCUACAUCUGCAAACAGUGGACAGAGAUUCUUCACUUUACAGAGCAUAGUGGCCUGACCACUGGAGUGGCCUUUGGGCACCACGCCAAGUUCAUCGCUUCAACCGGCAUGGACAGGAGCCUCAAAUUCUACAGUCUGUAGGCCCUAUGCCUUGUCACAGUUCUGGGCCUCAUCUCAGUAGUGGGUUAGAGUUAGAGGGUGGGGGUGGGGGGUGGGACUUUAGGAGGAGAGGGAGGUCUGGUUAGGGGGGGACAUUCACAUCAUUUCAUUCUGGUCUGGAUGAUGGUCUGAGCCAGGGCACAUGGAACACUGCUAUCCAUGCAGCCUUUGGGCCCCAGGGAACGGACAUGGAGGAACUGUCACCCUGUAAAAUGCUCAGAGUCGGAGUUCAGCACCUCCCCCAGUGGUGGCAGCUGUUCCAUGCCUGCUCUGUUUCAGCUCUUCUGAGACAGGGAGGUGAGCCAAGGGAACUGUGAAGGGGAGGGGCAGGAGGGCUCUUGCAGGUUUUUGUAAGCAGUGAUCUAGUUUCAUUAAAAAAAAAAAGCCACACAGUAAA